AUGGCUGCCCGAUACCCCGGCGACGACCUACUAGAAACUCAUGAGCAAGAGGUUCUGAGACUGCUAGCUGCAGCUGAAGGCAUUUCUGCACAAGAGCAGGCAUAUGCUCAGGCACGACGUACGGCAGCCCAGCUCAAUCGCACACCAACUUCACCGCCGCCUACCACAGGCGGGAUCGCCUACCCAGGACCUUUCACUGCACCGCCGUUCAGCAUGUACAAUUACGCCCAGUAUGAACGCCACGGUAUUCUACCACCAGGUUUCAACAUGGCGACCGGUGACAUCAGCGGGUGGAUGGGUUCCCGUUUCGAGCGUCCCAACGGAGAAAUUCCCCAAACGCCAUCAGACCAAGACAGACGUCGAGACCACCGUCCUGAACGAUCAGCCUCAGUCGGAUGUUCAACUCACAAUCGUCGGCAUUCAGCUCCAACCCUCGCACAUCGACCGGCACCCAACUUCUUCCCCAACCAACCCCCUCCCACCACUGCAUUCGACCCCGCGUACGAUGGAGCCAACACAUAUGGAAAUCCCCGUGGACAGUAUCCAGACGGGAAUGCCUAUGUCAACAACUACCGAGACGCACGGCCAGGCGUAAUGCGCGACACAGCGACCCAGACACAUAUGGCUGGGUGGAACAGGCUAGGACAGAUGUAUGACGCCAAUAGAGAUACAAUUCUACGGUCUGCCCGUCAACGAGCUGAGAUGCUGGCAGCAGCAGCAGCUGCGCGCCGAGACGAUCCUGCCGUACAAGCUGCGAGGAAUGCCGAUAUCCCGAUGGGAUAUUCCAGCCCUGUCUGGCCACCUAGUUCUGAAUUUCCAAACACUAUCCGGCCCUCUGAUUUGACUGGACCGCCAUUCAGCACAAACGUAAGCAGCGGCUUCAAUGCACAACGGAGGCGUGAAAGGGCCGCGGAAGAAGCUAGACAGAGGACCGCAGUAUGGAUUCCCGGAAAUAUAUAUGGGUUGAACCCAGACGAUGAUCCUUUCGCCGUUACGGCUGUACAGUCAUCUAGCCCUGCGAACGCAACCAGCAAUGCUCAGCGGAGAAGGACUGAGAACGAAGCGAGACGCAGGGCCGCACGGAAUCCUGGAGACGUGUUUGGUUUCGAUCCGGAUGAAGAUGCUGAUGCGGAUGCGAAUUAAGGGAUGUGGGAAAGUUCGAGCAUAGUGGGAUAGUCUUUCAUGAGCUGGGUUACGCAUUGAUCGUUGGGCUUUGGAGGCUUUCGUUUGUGGACAUAGUAUGACGGCUUGCAAUCAUUUGACUUGGAAUGGGCGGAAGACAGUUGGGUGUUUUACUCAUGAUCAGAUACGUAGACUGAGACACGCAAUCAACGACCGUAUCUCACAUGCACACUUACUUCCCCACUCAAAAAAAGGGUAUCGUACUCAAAUUAUCCAUCCCAGUACCACGAAAGACUCCCAGACACCAAUACCGACCCAUACUCCAAUUCCCUAUAUUACAACCCAGACCCAGAGUCCACCUCCCCACCCCUCCCCACCUACCUCAUCUAAUCUUAUCAACCCUCUUCUUCGCAAUCCUAAUCUUGCCAUCCACCCUUUCCACAUCCUCCUCAAACAAGCCUAAUAAAGCAUUCUGCUCCACAAUCUCCGUAUUAAUCUG